CCGGCGACAUGGCUGAGUCGCUGCUCCUCCCCAUGGUGCGCGGCGUGGCCGGCAAGGCCGCCGACGAGCUCGUCCUUACCGUGACCCGCAUGUGGGGCGUCGAUGACUACCGGCGCAGGCUGGAACGGCACCUGGUGUACGUGCAAUCCUUGCUGGCCGACGCCGAGGAGAAGAGCAAGACCAACGAGGCCGUCAAGAUGUGGAUGAAGGCGCUCAGGUCCGUCGCCUACGAGGCCGACGACGUCCUCGACGACUUCCGGUACGAGGCGCUGCGUCGAGAAGCGCAGAGCCUGAGGCAGAGGUCCAUGGCCAGCAAGGUACUACUCACAAAUAUUUUCUCAUCAAAGAAGCACAGGCUUGUCUUCCGUUACAAGGCGAGCAAGGAUCUGAAGCAUGUUCUGGACAAGAUCGACGAGCUGGUGACCGAGAUGAACAACUUUGGCCUAGUGGUACGCACUGAAGCACUGCCACCACCGCAGAUCCCAUAUCGGCAGACACACUCCACACUGGACGAGUCUGAGGACAUCUUUGGCAGAGACGAUGACAAAGAGGUCCUGGUGAAGCUGCUGCUAGACCAACAGGAUGGUCAGCGCCAUGUGCAGGUGUUGCCCAUUAUAGGGAUGGGGGGCUUGGGCAAGACCACGCUAGCGAAGAUGGUGUACAACGACAGCAGGAUCCAGAAGCACUUUGAGUUGCAUUUGUGGCACUGUGUGUCAGAGAACUUUGAAGCUCCUCAUGUCGUGAGAUCUGUCAUUGAGUUGGCUACAAAAGCAAGAUGUGACCUUGGUGACACAAUUGAGCUGCUGCGAGGAAAACUGCAAGAUGUUAUUGGCCGGAAAAGAUUUCUACUGGUUCUUGAUGAUGUAUGGAAUGAAGAUCACCAAAAGUGGGAGGACCUAAAGCCAAUUCUAUGUUCUUCUAUAGGUGGAUUAGGUAGCAUGAUAAUUGUCACAAGCCGAAGUAAACGUGUGGCUUCAAUAAUGGGCUCCUUUCCUCCCCAUGAGCUAUCAUGCAUGAGUGAAGAAGAUUCAUGGCGAUUGUUCUCAAUCAAGGCAUUUAGUAGAGAAGUACAAGAACAACCAGAGUUGGUUAGGAUUGGCAAUUGCAUAGUCAACAAGUGCAAGGGACUGCCUCUUGCUCUCAAGACAAUGGGUGGUUUGAUGAGUUCAAAACAAGCAGCAUGGGAAUGGGAGGCCAUUGCAGAUAGCAAUAUUUGCGAUACCAGUAGAGGCAAAGAUGAAGUAUUGCCCAUACUGAAACUAAGCUACCGACACCUAUCAUUUGAAAUGAAGCAAUGUUUUGCCUUCUUUGCAAUUUUCCCGAAGGAUUAUGAGAUGGAGAAGUAUAAACUAAUUGAACUAUGGAUGGCAAACGGUUAUAUUCUUGAAGAGGAAACAAUGAAUUAUACACAGAAAGGUGAAUUCAUUUUCAACGAGUUGGUCUGGAGGUCCUUUCUUGAUGUUGUUCAUAUGUCUAGUGAUUUUUAUGUGGAAGUUGGAUGUAAAAUGCAUGAUCUAAUGCAUGACCUAGCAAAAGAUGUCACAAAUGACGAAUGUGCAUCUGCACAAGAGUUGGAUCAGAAAAAGGCAUCCAUAGCAGAUGUCCAUCACAUGCAACUGUCAAAGACAGAAUUAAGAAAAAUUAGUGGAUUACUGAAUGGCAAACCAUCUUUGCGUACUUUAUUAUUAACUUAUUCAGUGGGAGAGGAUUUUAAUGAGUUAAAAUGGAUGCCAUUAAGAGCAUUGUGCUAUCAAAUCAGUUAUUAUGGUAUCAACGACCAGCUCCUAAAUUCAGCACAUUUACGUUAUCUUGAUCUUUCUUACUCAAGCAUGGUUGCAUUGCCAAAUUCAGUAUGCUUGUUGUACAACUUGCAGACAUUAAGGCUUAAUCGUUGUCACAAUCUACAAUAUUUACCGAAAGAUUUGGCAACAAUGAGGAAGCUCAGCCAUAUUCAUCUGUUGAACUGUGAUAGUUUGGAACAGAUGCCACCAAAUCUUAGGUUACUGCAUAAUCUUCACACACUGACAACAUUUGUUGUGCACACAAGCGAUGGAUGUGGAAUCAGCGAGCUUAAAGACAUGCGACAACUUAGUAAUAAGUUGGAACUGUACAAUUUGCGGAAAGUAAUAAAGAGUGGAUCAAAGGUAAAUCUCCACGAGAAAAAGAAUAUAAGUCAUCUCUGUUUGUAUUGGGGCCGCAAGGAAGGAUACGUUCCUGCAAAUGACAAGAUCAAGAAUAAUGAGGAACAGGUGUUGGAGUCUCUUGUACCUCAUUGUGAGCUCAAAAUGUUGGGGCUGCAUGGGUACAGUGCCCUAGCAGUCCCGCAAUGGAUGAGAGAUGCCCAAAUGUUUCCGUGCAUAAGAGAACUCUCUAUUUCCAACUGUCCAGGAUUUAAGGAUAUGCCAAUAAUAUGGCUGGCAUCCUCACUUGAGAAAUUGCGUUUACGCAACAUGAACAACCUGACUACGUUAUGCAAGUACGUGGAUGUGGAAACUACAAGAUGUAAUACCUCCCUAGAGAUUUUCUCCAAGUUGAAAAGAGUGGAAUUACAGGAUUUGCCUAAGUUGGAAAGCUGGGCAGAAACACGCUCAGGAGAGCCUUGGAUUGGCUUGUUGGUGUUUCCCCAGCUCGAAGAGCUAAACAUAAAGAACUGCAGAAAGCUGGCAACUCUUCCUCAGAGCCCAGCUCUGAAAAAGCUAUCUUGUUACCGUGAGUCAUCAGGUGAUGUUGCUUUUCCUCUGAGCAUUUCCAUGGGCUCUUGGCCAUCUCUUGUCCGCUUGGAAGUCGGGCUGGUGGCAGACAUCUUGAUGCCUCCUCUCGAGGAGCAGCAAAACCAAGGUCAAAACCCCCCCACCACCAUACGAACUUUGCGCAUACAGAGUAACGACGGCUUCAUAUCAAUGUUGAACCCGUCAAAACAGCAGGUCGAGCUUCAGGGCUGGUUCGCCUUCGUGGAAGAGUUGUUCAUCGGGUUUUGCAACUGUUUUGUUUGUUGGCCAAUGGAGGAGCUCCGAUGCAUGCCGUGCCUUCGAUCUUUGUAUAUUUUAGGAUGUCACACGCUGGAGGGGAAGAAGGGCUGCUCGUCCGAAGAAAUCUUUCCUCUGCCCCGGCUGGAAAAGUUAGGCAUAGAUUACUGUGAAGGCUUGGUGGAGAUUCCGAUGUUGCCCCCAUCUCUUGAGGCAAUAUAUAUUGAUGGAUGUAAAAGUUUGAUGGCACUGCCUUCAAACCUUGGAGAUUUGGCCAAGCUGACGGAUCUCAGGAUACAUCGCUGCGAUGCACUAAAAGUUCUGCCUGAUCAUGGGAUGGAUGGCUUCGCUUUCCUUGAGCAGUUGGAGAUCAACGAAUGCGCAGGUAUAGAGAUGUUGCCGCCAGGUCUCUUCCAGCGGCUCCCAGCCCUCAAGUACCUAUUUUUAUGGCAUUGCCCUCGGCUGAAAACCCUGCCUGAUUGGAUGGACACCAUGCAUUCGCUUGUUUCGUUGAAUAUCCAUUGGUGCCCAAUGAUAGAGAAAUUUCCACGGGGUAUCGAGCAGCGGCUCCCAUCGCUCAAAUACCUGAGAAUAUACCACGGAUGCCCUGACCUGCAGAAACGUUGCAGACCAGGCGGGGAGUACUAUGACUUGAUUUCUUCUAUUCCAGAUAAAAAAAUCAGUGCACCAGAGCCCAAUAGAAAAAUAAAGAUGUUUGUGAAGAAGCAUUUCCUCCUCUCCUGCUGAAUCUAACCCACCCCCUCCAGUACGUAUUUUCAUUACUAAUCCAGAGGAUGAAGAGUUCUCUCAUCGAGAAGAGGCCAGUUCCUGUGGAUGGAGGUUCUGCACCUUCAAAGAGGAGAAAGAAUUGACAAUGAUGAUGCCAAGAAAGGCAAAGGCUUGUCUCUGUCCAUUGCCACCACUUUGUGGCUAUGUACAGAUCGAUAUUUAGGACCUACAUUUUCUCAAGAUAUAGCUGUGUACGUAGCAUGGAGGUAUGGAGCCAUAAGAAGAAGAUGAGAGAUGUGAUGAGAAUGAGAUCAAUGGCGAAAACGGAUAACUACAGAAAUCCAUCGGCCGCAUUGCAUUUGAUAAUUCGACUACUGGUUUUAUUCUGCUUGUGAACUGACUAUGCACUAUGUUCUUGGGCUCAGCUAAUUGCCCAGAAAAGCAAUUGCCGGAGUGAUUAAAUUUAUCGGAGUAGCGCUGCUUUUCCAGUAGUAUGUGUUAUGCUUGAUAACAAUAGUAAGUUAUCUAUAUCUGAGAAAGGUCGGUUCCUUUAUAUGCUACACAUGAUUUUUGGGUUUGCACGCUGCUUCUAAAUACAAUAAUGUAUCUUUCUUUUCUAGUACUUGUGUUCAUAUAUCUAAAGAGCAUUUUUUCCAUCCUUGAGGAGAUACCAUGAUAUACCACUGUUUUCUAUGUAAAAUUUGAUAUAGAAAACAGUGGUACCUCUUCAAGGAUGAUAAAAUUAGCCAUAUCUAAAUGCUCACUAGUUUCUUAAUGUUAUAUGUAAAUCUGAAUUGAAAUAGCUUAAUUCCAUAUAUACAUCAUCU